CCGGAAGUACGUCACUGUCUUUGGCACCGUCUGCUGUACCGCCAUACCAUAGACCUAGCGCUAAUUCUCUGAACAUCGCCACCACUGUCAGCGGUACCGCCAUCACCAUAGACCUAGCGCUAAUUUCUUGAACAUCACCACCACCGUCUGCUGUGCUGCCAUCACCAUAGACCUUGAACGUCACCACCAUCAUCAUCUGCCGCCGGAAGCAGUGAGUUCUUGUUCAGAAAGUCAGAAAUACAAGUUGUCUUCAGCGUUCGUGGGAGGGAUACUACCCGUCAGUUUUCACACCUUCUUCUGGACCCCCACCGGACAUUCUAGAGUCGUCUUUGGAAGUUUCACGUUGCGGAGGGCAGAAUUUUAUACGAGUAAUUUUUUUUCUAAAAUCGGGAACUUCCGCUUUGAAGAGAUGUGACGUUUUGCAGAGAGUUGAGAUAAAAGACAGGCAGCAUGGAGCUUUGCGUGUGUCUGAAUUAAUCGUGCGAGAGGAAAGAGAAUCCUAUCCAUAUCAUGAAAUUAUGACGACGAAUUGGAAUAUAAUGCCUUCGAUGGAGUUUGACGACUGGUGGAUUUUGAGGAACGGAGAGUGAGGAAGAUAGAAAGAGAGACAGACAGACAGACAGACAGGCAGUGACAGAGAGAGAGAGAGAGAAGGUGGCAGACGAUUUCUUCAGUCGUCCCUCACGAGAGCCCAGUUCUGCGUGAUCCGGACAUUUGCUUGAGUGUGUGAGACAUGAAGAUAUCAGUAACUGAGUGGACACUCUUCUUCAUUUCCUGGAUCCUGUGUUUUACAGGUGGCGCCAUCUUGCGGCCAUACCGACAGAAUGUGCUUGCCAGGGCCAAGAUGAGGCCCACCACCUUCGGACCGAGGGACCCGCGCAGAUUCAAAAUGCAGAGCCUGGCAACCAUUGGCUUCCAGCCGACGCCGCGGCGGUGUUGCCACAUUGGCGAGCGCGUUGCCAAAAAGAAAAAGAUUUGUGACAUCACAGUUCUGGCGGUGGUCAGGAAGUACGAGAGAGACAAAUACAGCCCCGUGGUGUCAAACCGCUCGGCUAAACAUUUCAAGCGGAGUCGACUGAGCAAACUGUCGGAGAAAGUCUCCAAGUGUUCCGCCGUGUACCCCAACCACUUCGUCAAGUGCUGUAAAUACAAAAAGGAAUUCUAUAACCAUUUAAGGAAGUGUCAUACGAAGCCGCGUCGGCAGCGUCGGCGAUGCAAGAAAAAUGUGAGGAGGCGCUACUCUUGACCAAAGACACGGACACAUUCACCCACCCCGUACAAUUUAAUAUGUUGUGUCGCUGGAAUAUUUCUGUUCUUGAAAUGGCCUCAAAGUCAGUGGUAUCUUAAGGCAUUCUCAAUAUUCUGUGGUUUUGUUUGUUGUUUGUCUGGUUGUUGUUGUUGUUGUUUUAGCACAAAAUGUGCGGUGCUGCCUCGAAAUGCGA